UUAGCGGCAGCAGUAAUCUGUUUCAGGACCAUGGCCAGAGACAACGUUUGGCUAUGAAUCUUAUCGAAAGUUGCCUACGACUCUCUGUGAACCUUUACGGACACCAAACAGUGUGACGAAGUUUGUUUGGACAGGGUAUCCGGAAAAGUGGGGCUGAACAUGCAUAUUCGACUGGUUUUAUAUAAAGGGACUUGAAGCAGGCUCAGUCAAAUCUCUAGACAGUCUGUCGCUGAUUACGAGUCUCGUUUCACAUGAAAGCGUGAGUUAAGAAAGCUGGUGACCCAACCAAAUCGGUUCUUUUAAUGUGAGUAAGACGCAAGAAGCCGGGAAGCAGAGGAGAAAGGCUGUGCGCUCAGUCGGGAGCGCGCAAAGACUGCACAUUGGUCCGGUCCUGGAGACGUGAGGAUGGAGGUCCGGCCGGACAGGUUUAAGGCCGUGGCAGCCAAAACUCUUGGGAAAAUAUACGGAGCUAUUGAGAAGAAACAGGAAAAUGGCGAGACCAUCGAGCUGUCGGCAGAGGGCCGGCCAGAGCUGGUGGAGGAGAAGGAGAUGCCUGUGGUGGACUGCACGUGCUUCGGUCUGCCCAGGCGCUACAUCAUCGCAAUCCUCUCUGGCAUUGGUUUCUGCAUCUCCUUUGGUAUCCGGUGUAACUUGGGAGUGGCUAUCGUCAGCAUGGUCAACAGCCACACCAUCUUCAAAGACAACAAGGAGGUUAUAGUGAAAGCACAGUUUGACUGGGAUCCUGAAACGGUGGGAAUGAUCCACGGUUCAUUCUUCUGGGGAUACAUUGUAACUCAAAUCCCCGGAGGGUUCAUUUGUCAAAAGUUUGCAGCAAACAGGGUGUUUGGCUUUGCUAUAGUGGCAACAUCUUUUCUGAACAUGCUCAUUCCUACAGCAGCUCGUAUGCACUUUGGCUGCGUUAUCAUUGUCAGGAUCUUUCAAGGACUUGUGGAGGGGGUUUCAUACCCGGCAUGUCAUGGUAUUUGGGCCAAAUGGGCACCACCUCUUGAAAGAAGUCGCCUGGCAACAACAGCCUUUUGUGGUUCUUAUGCUGGUGCUGUGAUUGCCAUGCCAUUAGCUGGAAUCCUAGUCCAGUACUCAGGAUGGUCAUCUGUCUUCUAUGUGUAUGGAAGUUUUGGUGUCAUGUGGUAUUGCUUUUGGAUCCUGGUCUCGUAUGAAAGUCCGGCAGCUCACCCCACCAUCACCGAGGAGGAGAGGAAAUACAUUGAGGAAAGCAUUGGCGAGUCAGCCCAAUUCACAGUAACGAAAUUCAACACACCGUGGAGGGCCUUCUUUACCUCCAUGCCAGUGUAUGCCAUCAUCGUAGCCAACUUCUGCAGAAGCUGGACUUUCUACUUGCUCCUCAUCAGCCAGCCUGCUUACUUUGAGGAGGUCUUUGGGUUUGAAAUUAGCAAGGUGGGGAUAGUGUCUGCUCUUCCUCAUCUGGUUAUGACCAUCAUUGUGCCCAUUGGUGGCCAGAUUGCUGACUAUUUGCGAUCCAACCACAUCAUGACCACCACGAAUGUCAGGAAGCUAAUGAACUGUGGAGGGUUUGGGAUGGAGGCUACCUUGCUGCUGGUAGUUGGUUUUUCACACACAAAAGGCAUUGCCAUUACAUUCCUGGUCCUGGCUGUGGGUUUCUCUGGUUUCGCCAUUUCAGGUUUCAAUGUCAACCACCUGGACAUUGCACCGCGCUAUGCUAGUAUCCUCAUGGGUAUCUCCAACGGCGUAGGCACCUUGUCUGGGAUGGUCUGCCCACUUAUAGUCGGUGCCAUGACAAAGCAUAAGACGCGAGAAGAGUGGCAGGGCGUGUUUCUUAUUGCCUCACUCGUUCAUUAUGGAGGUGUUAUGUUCUAUGGUAUUUUUGCAUCUGGAGAAAAACAACCUUGGGCAGAGCCAGAGCAGCUGAGUGACGAGAAAUGCGGGAUCCUGGACGAGGACGAGCUUGCGAAUGAGACGGAAGAACUGUAUCGCACAAGCGGUGGAGCGGGCUACGGAGCCACGAACCAGGCAUUGGAUCCCAACGGAGGGGGCAUGGCUGGGGGAGGAGGAGGAGGCGGCUGGGUAUCAGACUGGGACAAAACUGAGGAGUACGUCCAACCAGCCGGAACCAAUAAUUAUCUUUACGGAGGAGAGGGCGACCGAGAAUUAUAACGUAAAACCAGCAGAAACAGUUUAUGAGCAAUGUGGAAUUUCACUCAAUGGCAUUAAAAAACUGGUGGGAAUGUGGGGAUGGACAAUUUUCAGCAGGUCUGA